AUGGGAAAGGACGACAAGGAAGACUCCGGCUUCGGGUUCAAGGACAAGGCGAAGGCUGAGGAGACCCUGCGCCUGUUGGAGCAGCACGACAUGAACUACAGGAGACUCACAGUCAGGGGGCUGUUGGGCAGAGCCAAGAGGGUACUAUCUAUGACGAAAGCAGAAGAUAAAAUAAAAAAUAUUAAAGAAGCUAUGGAGGUUUUCGAGAACUGGCUCGAAAAGCUCAGCGCCAAUAAAGAGAGCAAGGACAACGGUAACAGUAAGAAGACUGAGAAGAAACAGGAGAAGAAAGAAGAAAAGAAAAAAGAGAAUAGUAGUGACCAGGAAUCUUCUUCAGACGUGGAAAUGGACGAAGAAGAGAAACAGCCACAGAAGGCGCUCCCAGCGGACACCGUCCCUGGGCUCGGAUUCAAAGACAAGGAUACUGCACACUCCACCCUUAAGGAGCUGGAGGGGAGAGACCCUGACUACCAGAAGUUGGCUAUCAAGGGUCUCAUUGGAAGGGCCAAGAGGGUGCUCACGUGCACUCGCGAUGAGACCAAACUGUCCAACAUCAAAGAAGCGAUGUCGAUCUUCGAGCAGUUCCUGGACGACUUCGACACGCAGCACAUGAGCAGGCAGAACAACCCGUACCUGAGCCUCGGCCUCGUGCGGACCGCACAGAAGUUGGCCGGCGAUGACGUCACUGAGCAACAGAAUUCAUUUAUCGCCGCGUACACUUCGGUGCGGGGCGAGUACAAGCGCCUGAGGACCGUGGCCUCCGGUGAGGGCGAGAAGACCUGGGACAUCGUCAGGAACGUCGCCCUUAAGGACCUCAAGGAACAGUACGCCGAAGCCAAACUCUUCAAUGAGAAAGACGAGCCCACAAAAGAGCACCUUCAGAUGCUGCUAUGGGCCUACUCCCCUGAAGCGGCGAGGGUCAAGAAGUACCUCCCAGAGACCAAGGAGGAGAACGAUGGCAGCCGGAAGAGGAGGAGCAGCGCAAUGGACGACUCACCCACCAAGAGGUCCAAGGAGUGA